UGCUGUUUUGAAUGACACACCGGAAGUGCCCCUGAUUACUACAAAAACUUCGCUCGAACGAACCAUUGCAGUCAUGCCAGUGCUGUGGUUCUGGACCACGCGGUCAGAACGGACCUGUAUCGUUUCCAUAGUGUGACUAUAGCCAACUCUGCCCAUACAGAAGUCCCUCGGGUUGUGAAAGAGAGCAGCUGUGUGCUAGUUUAGGCUUCAGCUACGUGGAAGAUAUUAAACUUUGGCAACUACUGGAAACGUGAGUGAAUGAAGGAAACAAGCUAGAAGCGAGUUAAAACUUCAGCAAAGAUCUAAGAGAAGGGUCACCCUUAAGUGAACAAGCCGGAUUAGAAACAAGAAAGCUGGGGCAGACCACAAAAAACCAGACAAAACUACUCCAGAAGAUUAAAUCAGAAGAAAUGUUGCCUGUUCAGCCCUUUCAUUCUGAUAUGAAAUCAAAUGCAAUGUCGACCCCGACUCACUAGGGUCGAGCUAUAAUUACUAGAGGUCCAACGGCAUCAUGAAGACCAAGGAGCACAGUCGACAGGUCAAGGAGAAGGUCGUGGAGAAGUUUAAAGCAGGAUUAGGUUAUAAGACAAUUUCCAAAUCUUUGAAGAUCUCUCAUAGCUCUGUUGAAGCCAUCAUCCAAACAUGGAAAGAGUACGGCACAACUGCGAGCCUUUCAGGACGUGGCCGUCCACCUAAACAAAGAAUCCAGUCACAGAGAGUACUGUUUGCAGAGGCACUGAAGAGGCCUGUGGUAAUCCUGGAGAAGUUGCCGAGAUCCACAGCUCAGCAGGGCAGAGCGAUGGAAGGGGUAGACUGGAACUCCUCCAGGUCACAGGGCUCCUUCAGAGCGGACACCCUGUCUAGGCUGGCCAGCUUCAUUGCACGCACCGAUGCCAAGCAACACUCUGCAAACCAUCCGCCCCCCCGCCUUCCUCUGUAUGGCUGUCAGGAAUGUGGAAAAGGCUUUCCUUAUCCCAAAGAUGUGCUGCAGCACCAGGAGAUGGACGGCGUGCUGCCAAAGCCCCACCGCUGUACGCAGUGUGGCCAACAGUUCUCCCUCAGGUCGUCCCUACAGCUGCACCGCUGCAACCUGGAGGCUCACGGCUGCAGCGUGCCAUGUGCUGCUCUGCUGUCGCACCCUGGCAGGCUGCAGGAGACGCCGCUGCACCUCCAGCCCCACCUGUUAGACAGCAGCCCGUACGCCUGCGCCCCCUGUGGGAGGGGCUUCAGCCAGAAGCAGGCACUGCUGCACCACCAGCAAGCUGGCUGCAGCGAGUCUCCGUCCAACACUGCCGACGCCCGCAGCCUCCCAGAUGACUCUCCACCCGUUUCUGAGGGCGACUCUGCCCACUCUGAUUUCUCGGACACGCCGGGACCCAGCGGAGGCGCUGUCAGCGCAUGCCGGUUCUGUUCCAGGACUUUCUGCUCAGACACUGCGUUGCGGCGGCAUUUUCAGGAUAGCCACGCAGAGAAGACGCCCAACACCAAAGUGACGAGUGAAGAAGAGGAGGAGAGGACUGCAGUGGUGACCCUGAAAGCCAAGAGGAAGCUCCUGAGCUGCCGCUCGUGCGACAUGGUCUUCAGGAGCACAUCACAGUUGUACAUGCAUCGCAAAGAGAAGCACCGCAGAGAGAAGCUCACCAGGAUGGAGGCCAGGCCCGUCAUCAAGAAGAGCCGGAAGCCCGGCAUGUAUCCGUGUCAAAUCUGCAGCAAAGUCUUCGGUCACCAUCUGACUUUCAGGGCACACUGCAGGCAGCACAAAGCAGCUGACUCCGCCCCCAUUGCCAUCAACGAUGACGGCAACUCCACAGACUGCAACGUCCCAGACUCCCAUUCCCUCACUAAUGGCCCAGCAGCUGGACUUGGUCCACUCGGGAAGCAACGCAGCAUCUCUCCCACUGUGGACGAUUCGGGAGGGGAGUCCGAGCGAGAGGACAGCGAGUUCCCCUGUCCCUCCUGUCCAGAGGUUUUCUCCACCCAGCAGCAGCUAAAGGAGCACAUAGAACUGCACCAGGCAUCUGUGAGACAGCGCCAGUGCAGCGUUUGUGCGUGUGAGAUGGACGGGUCCAAAGGGCCGUCCUCCAGGAAGCAGAGGCUGUACCACUGCAUUCCCUGCCAGCAGGGCUUCUCCGCUUUGGACUCGUUUCUAGAACACUGCCAGGAGCACCUCCGGGUUCGGGUGGAGGUGGAGGAGCAGCGCCUCUCCCUGCAGCCCACUAAAGCCUGACCUCCAGCUGCAGCUUCCUUAUGCGCCAAACGGACAGCAGCGGCUGGACCCGAGUGUUGGUUCUGCUCCCUGAGUUGGAUUGUGGUGCGUUCAGGUGCUGAACAUGUCUGCUUGGUGUAGGAGAGCUGAAAAUGCUAAAAUGUGUGAAAGUAACUAUUUGACUAAUGAAGUUGAUGACUGAAUGUUAUUCUGUAGCAACAUAUCAGGGUCUAAAGGAAAUCCAUGUAAGCUUUUGAGCACAGAUUACCUUUCAGGUGUUCUGAUCUCUGGAUUCUGAUUGGUUUAAAUGACACCCAACAGUUUAAACAGAGCUGCAGAUGACAGGACCAAGCAUGGCCACUGAAACGGUUGGGAGCAAAUAUGAAAUGGCAAUCAGAACAGCAUUACCAGAGAUGGUUAUCAGCUCGUGAACCACAGCAGCUUUUUACUGAUGGGUUUAAAUCUCUACACACUACAGUUUACGUUAGUUAAGUGGAUUUUUAUUGUUAGUCAAAGCUCCAGUUUGCCUUAAAAAGUGAAUAAAUGCUUUAAUCAGAUCAUCCUUUCCCCCCUGAUUGAAUCACAACAGAAGGAUCCUGCUGGAUCUCUGUACGUGUUCUCGGCUGGCUUCAAUUUUUUUUGGCACAUUUUUGAAGGACUCUUGAAAAAUGCUCUGCUGCAAUGUGUGCUAUUAUGCUGAUGAAGCAUACUUAUACUUCUGAAGACACAUAGUACAACUUGAUUUGAAUUCUUGCGUUUGUUUGAAUUCUUGCGUUUGUUUGGGUCCUGUGCCAAGUAUUUCCUUCUGCCCCGUCCCUCCCUGAGUAGAAAAAACUGGUACAAGAUACUUCAAUUUGAACAAAAAUUGAACCUUUCAUUUACUUUCUGAAGUAACAGUAAAUCUCUGGGCUGAUGCUGUGUCCAGCUUCUGUGGAGGUUUUGGUUCAGCUGAGCUGUUCCAAGCAUCUUUCAUUGAAAUACUUGUUCUCUGUAGUUCACAUUCAGUUUGAAACAGUUGGCUUGAACGUCUCACCUAUGCAAAUGUGGAUUAACAGCGGUUGAGAAACAACUGGCUAUUUUUUUGUUUUUGUUUAGAUACUGUCUUUAAGGUGCUACUGUGAAAUAUAAAUGUUUAUUUUAUAACUUUUUUCUUUAAUAAAUUGGUUCAUAUUGCUUUAUAGAUGACAGAAUAAAACUAUACAGCUGAAAUAUUUGUGUUUUUUCUCAUUGUGAGACUGGUGUUAAGAUUUGAUGGUGGAUUAUUCUGCCUUAACAUGACUGGCCUCCUGUGUGUG